AGGGAAUAUGAAACGUUUCUUUCUUUGGUCAGCUACGCAACGUGGGAGGCUCGAACUUCAUUGCGUUAUCCACACACACACAGAUAAAGAAGAGUUGUGAAGGAAGAGCGAUACCACUAUGUCAACGGCUGUAAAAAAUAUUUCUCCUUCUAUUUUGACGGGUUUCCUAUCACCUGGUGUUUCAUGAAACACUACACGUCCCUAAGGAGAAGAAGCAGAGUCAUCUGUGACGCUACUUUGGUCACUGCGCCAGUGAAAGACGAUGCCUCGCUUUGCGCCUUUGGUGUUUUGAAGUGAAGCAUCAACGCCAGAAAAGGGAAGAGAAGGUUUUUUCUUUUUCCGUGUCCCCCACUGCUCGACAACUCGAUCAAGAGGGGACUAAUGAGCUCAACGGAAGACCUCGCAGCAGAGUUCAAAACGUUGUGCUCAACCGUUAAGUUUUUGUUGUUGUGGCUGUGUGUUGCUGUGCGUCUUUUCACUGCGAAACUGUCGCCUUCUUUCUCGCGUUCUUUGUGCCCUUCCUGUGUGAGCCUUCGUAUGGAUGUGUAAAGCACUGGUCCGCUGCUGACUCCUCGUCUCUCUAUCUUAUUCUCCUAUUACUCGGUGUCGCUCCCCCUCCUCCUUUUGCGCUCCCUCUCUUGUGCUACUGCACUCACGCAGUUCACCAACACACUUUUGCUAUCUAAUCCCAUUCGCACACAUCCGCACCACGCAUGGCGUCGAGCACCCCAGCGGAGCGAGGCUGGUCGCACUGCACACAGUUCACGGUGAGCAGCUCUCGCCAGAGUGAGUCGUAUUUGAUCCAAACCUUCGCGCCGUGCCAGACGCCACCGGAGGGCGGAUUCCCGGCGCUUUUCUGCCUCGAUGGCAACGCCCUCUUCCACAGCGCGUGUGACAUUGCAGCGCUGAUCGCGAACCCGCGCAGACUUCACCCCGACAUGCGGCCGGUGCUGAUCGUCGCCAUCGGCUACCCCGAUAACAGCACCUUCCACGAGACGCAGCGCGCCCGUGACUUCACGCCGGUGCCGACGGCAGCGCAGCGGAAAGCCUCUCCGUUUGAAUUUGGUCGCGCGUCGGACUUCUUCGACUUCAUCGAGCGCGACCUCAAGCCUCAAGUGCAGCAGCGCUUCCCAGUGGACGCACAGCAGCAGUCCCUCUUUGGGCACUCGCUGGGCGGGCUCUUCGUGAUGCACACCUAUCUGCAGCACCCGCACAGCUUCUGCAAGUUCGUCGCGGCGAGCCCGUCGGUGUGGUACAACGACUUCGAGCUGGUGGCGCUGCAGCGUGCGUGGGCUGAGACUCUGGGGAACAAGGGGGCCGAGCCGAAGGCUGCGCCGUUGAUGGUGACGUUCGGGUCGUUGGAGAACAGCGGACCGAGCCGGCGUUCCGCGGCGGAGACACAGUGCUUCCGCGAGGAGUUCCUGAGCACGUUGACGAAGCUGAGUGCGUCGCACCCGGUGUGGGUGUACAGCCAUCCGGCGGAGCAUCACAUAACGAACCUGUUUGCGAGUCUGCCGAAAGCGAUCGUGUUCGCUUCCUGUCAGUCCGCGGAGGCGUGCAAAACUCUGUUGGACGACAAGGCGGUUCCGUGA